UGCCAACAAAGAUGCUUGACACCACACGCGCCUGCCCGACUCCCGACGCUGUCUGCGCCAAGCGCGCCUGCCCGAUGGUCGACGCCGUCGACGCCAAGCGUCCGCGCGUAGCGGCGGACGACUGCGCGGACGACGACGCUGCCAGUGACGAGCUCGAUGCUUCCCGCUGUCAGUACGCGACAGCGGCUCUGCGCUUUGGUGAAUGCCAUCCCACGCACGCCCGCUACCUGUACAAGUCCAAAUUGGCCGACGUUGAGGCACAAGGCGAGACGCUGCGAGCUGCGGCGAUGCGCAGCUACUUGGACUGCAGCGACGAGGCCAUCGACGGCGACACCGACACGAGCCUGCAAUGGAGUGACGACGACGACGACGACGAUGGCAAGAAGCCCUAGUCGUACCACCAAUCCUAUCUAUCUGUACCUAGAAUGCACUGUGUAUUUAUCGUCUCUGAAGCGCAAGGUUUUUGGUGCCAGAGAAAAACCUCGUCGCGGACAUGGGCGUCUAUUGAAUGAUGGAGAAAUACC